GCGGCGGCGGCGGCGGAGACGAUGCUUCAGCCGGGUCCGCGCUGGAGGGCGAGGCCGGGCCGCCGGGCGCACUGGCCCUGAGGCAGCGCCAAGUCCGCGGAGCGCGGCCGCCGCCAGGCUGAGGGGACCGGGACGCCGCCUGGACGCCGACGCCGCGCGGGGAAGUUGGAGGGGGAGAGCCACGAAGACUUCUUUAUUUGUUUUCAUUAAGAGAGACUUAGAGGAGGUGAUCAUAAAAGGAUUUUCUUUUAUUAUCAUUGGUGUUCUUCUAAGAAUAAUUUUCGCAUGACUACUACAAAAAGAUACAUUAGCAGAAACUGAUCCUUUUUGAAGCUCAUGAAUUGAACCCUGUUUUUAAGCAUUCUUUCAUGAAAACACCUCAGAGCUGCUAAACAAACUGGGUGGAUGAAAUCCUAGUUGCCAAGGAUGGGUUCCUGUUGGAAACUGGCUCUGUUCCUUUUGGUUGCUGGAUGUCUUUCAGACUCUUCUGGAGCUCUUCCUAGUCUCCCUACUUCGUAUGCUGCUUUGCUCAGAGUUAAGAAGAGUUCAUCUUCAUCCCACUUUGGUUCUAAGACCAGACCACGAUACAGCAAUCCUUCCUCAGGGACAUUGGGCGUUUCUCCACCAAGCUGGCGAGGGGCUGCUCAACAUUACUAUGCUCCUAUCAACCUUUAUCAUUCCUCAGAUGCCUUCAAACAAGAUGAAAGUGUGGACUAUGGGCCGGUGUUUUUGCAAGAGCCAGAUGAUAUCAUUUUCCCAACAGAUUCUGAGGAGAAGAAAAUAGCACUCAAUUGUGAAGUUCGGGGGAAUCCAGCUCCCGGUUACAGAUGGCUUCGGAACGGCACAGAAAUAGAUCUGGAAAGUGAUUAUCGCUACAGUUUAAUAGACGGGAGCUUCAUUAUCAGCAACCCCAGUGAAGCCAAAGACUCCGGCCUUUAUCAGUGUUUGGCCACCAACGCUUUGGGAAGUGUUCUUAGUAGAGAAGCCAUACUGCAGUUUGCCUAUCUGGGGAAUUUUAGUGGCCGGACACGAAGCGCUGUCUCAGUGAGGGAAGGCCAGGGGGUUGUUCUGAUGUGCUCUCCUCCGCCUCAUUCUCCAGAGAUCAUCUAUAGUUGGGUGUUUAAUGAGUUCCCCUCCUUCGUGGCAGAAGACAGCCGACGGUUCAUUUCUCAGGAGACAGGCAACCUUUAUAUUUCUAAAGUCCAAACGUCAGAUGUUGGCAGCUAUAUCUGUCUGGUGAAAAACACAGUGACGAAUGCCCGAGUCCUUAGUCCUCCAACACCACUCACUCUACGCAAUGAUGGUGUGAUGGGAGAAUAUGAGCCGAAAAUUGAGGUCCAUUUUCCUUUCACGGUUACAGCUGCUAAGGGAACAACUGUUAAGUUAGAGUGCUUUGCACUUGGCAACCCAGUCCCAGCAAUCACAUGGAUGAAGGUUAACGGCUACAUUCCUGGUAAGGCACGUCUGCGGAAAUCUCAGGCAGUGCUGGAGAUCCCUAAUGUGCAGCUGGAUGACAGUGGUGUCUAUGAGUGCAGAGCGGAAAACUCUCGUGGCAAAAAUUCCUUCCGUGGACAGCUACAAGUAUACACUUACCCACACUGGGUAGAAAAACUGAACGACACUCAGUUAGACAGCGGGAGCCCUCUCCGGUGGGAGUGUAAAGCGACCGGGAAGCCCAGGCCCACCUACCGCUGGCUGAGGAACGGAGUGCCCCUCUCGCCUCAGAGUAGGGUUGAGAUGGUCAAUGGAGUAUUGAUGAUCCACAAUGUGAAUCAGUCAGAUGCUGGAAUGUAUCAGUGCUUGGCUGAAAAUAAAUACGGAGCCAUUUAUGCUAGCGCUGAGCUAAAGAUUCUAGCUUCAGCUCCAACUUUCGCACCGAAUCAACUAAAGAAAGCAAUAAUUGUUACCAAAGGCCGAGACGUCAUCAUAGAGUGCAAACCCCAAGGCUCUCCAAAACCAGCCAUCUCUUGGAAGAAGGGAGACAAAGCAGUUAGAGAGAACAAAAGAAUAGCUAUCCUUCCAGACGGGAGUCUUCGUAUCCUAAAUGCUUCCAAAUCAGAUGAGGGAAAGUACAUUUGCCAAGGGGAGAACAUCUUUGGUACUGCUGCAAUUAUAGCUUCCGUUUCUGUGAAAGAACCUACAAGAAUAGAACUUACUCCUAAAAGGACAGAGUUAACAGUGGGAGAGAGUAUCGUCCUUAAUUGCAAAGCAAUUCACGAUUCUAGCUUGGACAUCACUUUCUACUGGACGCUAAAAGGACAACCUAUCGAUUUUGAGAAAGAAGGUGGACAUUUUGAAAGCAUCAGGGCCCAAGCAUCCUCUGCAGAUUUAAUGAUCAGGAACAUCCUUCUGAUGCAUGCUGGGAGAUAUGGCUGCAGGGUACAGACCACAGCAGACAGUGUGUCAGAUGAGGCAGAACUUCUUGUUAGGGGUCCCCCAGGCCCCCCCGGGGUGGUGAUUGUGGAGGAAAUCACGGAGAACACAGCCACCCUGUCCUGGAGCCCAGCUGCCGACAACCACAGCCCCAUCUCCUCCUACAACCUGCAGGCCCGCAGUCCCUUUUCCCUGGGCUGGCAGACAGUGAGAACAGUACCAGAAACCAUCACAGGAGACAUGGAGUCAGCCAUGGCAGUGGACCUGAACCCCUGGGUGGAAUAUGAAUUCAGAGUUGUAGCCACCAACCCAAUUGGGACUGGAGAUCCCAGCACCCCAUCUCGCCUGAUCCGAACAAAUGAAGCAGUUCCGAAGACGGCACCCACCAACGUGAGUGGGAGAAGUGGAAGGCGGCACGAAUUAGUCAUCGCCUGGGAGCCAGUAUCUGAAGAGUUUCAGAAUGGGGAAGGCUUUGGCUAUAUUGUGGCUUUCAGGCCCAAUGGAACACGGGGCUGGAAGGAAAAGAUGGUGACAUCCUCCGAAGCCUCAAAGUUCAUUUACCGGGAUGAAAGUGUCCCUCCUCUCACUCCCUUUGAAGUGAAGGUCGGCGUUUAUAACAAUAAAGGAGAUGGACCUUUUAGUCAGAUUGUGGUCAUCUGUUCAGCUGAAGGAGAACCCACCACUGCUCCCACUGACGUCAAGGCAACCAGCAUGUCUGUGUCAGAGAUUCUCAUUGCGUGGAAACACCCUAAAGAGAGUCUAGGAAGACCACAGGGAUUUGAGAUUGGGUAUCGGAAAGAUAUGGAACAAGAGGAUGCAGCUGAGACAGUCAAAACUCAGGGGAAUGAGUCAUCCAUCAUGCUGAGGGGACUGGAAGGCAAUACGUUAUACCACUUCACAGUGAGAGCUUAUAAUGGAGCCGGAUACGGGCCACCUAGCAGCGAAGUGAGUGCAGCCACCAAGAAACCCCCCCCAAGCCAAGCCCCUGCCAACCUCCACUGGGAGCAGCAGGGCCCUGAGCUUUCUCUGGGCUGGGAGCCCGUACAGCCCUUGGCCAACGAGUCGGAAGUCAUGGGCUACAAGGUUUUUUAUAGGCAGGAGGGUCACAGCGACAGUCAAGUUAUUGAAACGCAGAAGCCGCAAGCAGUGGUAUCCCUCCCAGAUGCUGGGGUCUACAUUAUUGAAGUUCGAGCAUACAGUGAAGGAGGUGAUGGGACAGCUAGUUCACAGAUCAGGGUACCGUCAUACUCAGGGGGGAAAAUCACCAGUGCUCAGUCGACCCUCCACAGCCUCUCCACGUCUUCAUCAGUCACGCUGCUCUUCGCGUUGAUGAUUCCUUCGACCUCUUGAGGUUCUAGCAAACAUGAGACCGUGCCAGAGUUUGAAGAUGCCUACAGGGACAGUUAUUGCAAAGUCAUAUUCCUAAAGAGUCUGGAGAAACUGCAGUUUUACAGGUGAUGCUAAUUAAUAUGAGACCAUAAAGCAACUUGUUCCUUUUCUUUUGCAAAUUGUAAACCUGCUUAUUCAACUUGAUUCUUUAACAGCAAGCAAAUUGAGCUUCCACUGUUGGCUCUUCAGGUUAGUUCUUGUGAAGUGGAAGAAUACAGUAACCUCUGUUCUAAACAUCCUACAAGACCAGUUUCAGACAUAAAAUACGCCUACUUUUGUUGCUUCUUUAAUUUCUUUGGGUGGAGUUAUGCCCCCCCAAACCCUAAGCAAACAAGAAAUUAUUUAAAAGACGGCUUCACUUAGCAGCUUAUACUAUUAAACUACUAAUGAUAGUGACUAGCCAAGCCUCUGAAUAGUCACAGCAAAGUGGCCUUUCUCGAGCACCUCUGUGGAGUGGCUGGACUUUGCACCUAGAGAGAUACUUACUGUUUAGCAGAUAAAGUACCAUCUCUCCUGAACAUGGUGUACCUUGCAGCAGUAGAUUCCACACCUGAAAAAAAUGCAGCAAGAAUAUUUUAAAGUGGAGGCUGAUUUUUGCUUCAUAUCUCAUGAAUCAAGCUCUUUUCCUUUUUUUCUCAUGAUGUUAUAUACUAGACUGAGUGAAGGACUUUAAGAAUCAGACUAUUACUGAUAUUCUUACAAAACACAGCCCAUCAGUAGAUGGCAAAUUCAAACAUACUAGUAUUCCUACCCAACUGACGGAUGGAACAUAGCUGACAGAAUAUUUACAGAAUGUCUGCAUUGUAUUCUUUCCAAAAUAAAAAUAUGCGAUGUUUUUACUCAACACAGAUAUAACAUGUAUUUUGCAGCUAUAAGCCUAUUUUAAAAAGCAGGUUUUUCAAUGUUUAUGUGCUUAUGUAUUCCAUACGUGUUACUUUGUAAAAGAAAAAUUGAACAGCACUCCAGACCAAGGCACAUUCUUUUCAGCUGCAAUACUAAUUGAGCUUUUUCUUGGCUGGUAUAGUAAGCGCAGUCUUAAACCACUAAAGAGACUGUAUUUUUAUAUAAUGUUAAUUGAACUGUGAAGAAAAAAAACACCCCCCAUAAUUAAAAAUUUCAUGAAGAUGAAUGCUUUGCAUACCCAAAUGAAGGUACUGUGGGCCCCAUGUCAAACCGUUAAAUAUAUUGUAUACAAUCUGUAUAUAUACUAUAUAUAAUGGUACAUAUCAUGUGGAAGGCACAGUCAGAUAAUAGUUCUGUGUACUGAUCUUGUAACAUUAGAUCUUUUUAAUAAAUAAUUCUCUUUUUAUUGA